AUGCAAUCUCCCCACCCCGAUGAACGACCCCCCAAGAAGCGCCGUUUCUUCGAAGAAGACUCUUCGCCUGUACAAGUUCGUACAAAGCCCGCUGACCUCCCUCUAUCGUCGUCGCCGCCAUCACAGCCGCAGGACCCCAGAGCGCCACCGGCCGAGGAACAUGGCAAUGGAGGGGACACAGACUUUGGCGCUUUCGAUGUUGAAAUGCUCCAGGCUGUCGUUGGAGAACUUUCCAAUGCGACGUUGCAAAAGCUAAAGGAUGUCAGCGGAAGUGACGUACAGCGAGCCAUCAACCUCUAUUUAGAUGGCUCUUGGAGUACCAUGCCCUCAAGGCCCCCCGCACCGAUUUUCCAGUCUCGUCCGCAGUCUGUUCAGAUGACGAUAGCGAGUUCGCUCAAACGUACCGAGUCCGACGUUUCAAUCGCCUCCACUCUUGCAUCGGGCUCUUGCACACCCCAAUUAAUACGCGAAAUGCCGAGUAAACGGUACAUUGGCUCGUUUGGUGCUGCUGCAUGGGCAACCAAGAGCGGGACUGGCCUUCUCAAGCACGAUGAGAAGGUUCGGAUCGAGCGCAUCAAGCCACAGCCUCGACUAAACAAGGCUAAGAAGGUCAUUCAGCUCAAGAAGCCGGAUAUUGUAGUGCGCUUUACAAACGAAAGAGGAGAGGAGGUAGGAAGACUGGACAACGAUACUGCGACAUGGGUAUCUGUCCUACUAGACCAGAACGUGUGCUCGUUUGAAGGCUCUGUUGUCUACACCCCGGAAAAGCUGCGGACAGGAGAUACCAUCUACCUGCAACUCCGAGGCUAUUUCCUGCGAACGGCAUUCGACAUCAGGAAGUUCGCAAAACCGGACAACAAUCGCGAGAUCAAUUUGUUCGAGGAAAAGGAAUCUUCCGACGAACGGGAUCUUCGAUUGCGGCAGGUCGGCCUGGUCAAGUUAUUCGAGGCUAUCAGUCUCCAGCCCACACAUGAGAACGAGACAACAGCAAAACACAAGAGACAGGGGCUUUUACAAGCCGCAGAGACCGACGAAAAGAAAGGCGACAAGCCCAAACCAAAAAGUGGUACAUCCACAGCAUAUUCGACUCCUGCCGACCCCACAUCCUCACCACCCCCAGAAGAAGCUGAAGAAGGGGAGGAGCUCGAACAGGACCAACUAGAUUCUUUGUACAAGAAGGCUCAAUCCUUCGACUUCAACACCCCGACCAUGGAACCUGCCAACACGUUCCGUAUGGACUUGCGAAAGUACCAAAAGCAAGCAUUGUUUUGGAUGGUCAGCAAAGAGAAGGAUCAGUCGAUCGAAGACAGAGAAACAUCGAUGCAUCCAUUGUGGGAGGAGUACCUAUGGCCGACUCACGAUGCAAACAAUCAGCCCGUGCCCACUGUCGAAGACCAGAAUAUGUUCUAUGUCAAUCCCUAUUCUGGCGAAUUGUCACUGGAGUUUCCAAAGCAAGAGCAGAAUUGCCUGGGUGGUGUCCUUGCUGACGAGAUGGGUCUGGGCAAGACUAUCGAAAUGCUUAGUUUGAUCCACACACACAGAACAGAAGUCACCAGCGACGAGGCGCUGACCACGCCCAAAUCUCUGCCACGACUCCAGAAGGCUAGUGCGGCUGUUGAGCCUGCUCCAUAUACUACCCUUGUCAUAGCGCCAAUGUCUCUCCUAGCGCAGUGGUAUGGCGAGGCUGAGAAGGCAUCCAAGGAGGGCACAUUGAAAGCCAUGGUGUACUAUGGCUCUGAGAAGGCAGUUAAUCUGCAAAAGCUGUGUUGUGCCUCCAACGCAGCCAACGCACCAAAUGUCAUCAUCACGAGCUAUGGUACCGUCCUUUCAGAGUACAGUCAGGUCGUUGCGCAAGACGGGAACCGGGGUUCGCAUGGCGGCAUCUUCUCCCUAGAUUACUUCCGAAUCAUCCUUGACGAAGCACACUACAUCAAAAACCGGCAAUCAAAGACAGCCAAGGCUUGUUAUGAGCUCAGCGCAAGACAUCGCUGGGCACUUACCGGCACCCCAAUCGUCAAUCGACUUGAGGAUUUGUUCAGUCUGAUUCGUUUCCUCAAGGUCGAACCAUGGGCAAACUUUUCGUUCUGGAAGACAUUCAUCACAGUUCCAUUUGAGUCAGGCGAUUUUGUGCGUGCCCUAAACGUUGUGCAAACAGUACUUGAACCAUUGGUACUCCGUCGAACCAAGGAUAUGAAGACACCAGACGGCAAAGCUCUAGUGCCACUGCCGCCACGGACCAUUGAUGUUGAGAAGAUUGUACUGUCUCAGGAUGAGCGAGAUGUAUACGAUCAUAUAUACAUGCGCGCGAAAAGCGUAUUCAGUGCCAAUGCAGAGGCUGGCACUUUGAUGAAGUCAUACACGACCAUCUUCGCUCAGAUUCUUCGACUGCGACAGUCGUGCUGUCAUCCCAUUCUCACCCGUAAAGCCAACGUCGUUGCUGACGAAGAAGACGCCUCGCUAGCUUCUGACCUCGCAAAUGGCCUCGCAGACGAUAUGGAUCUCUCCAGUCUGAUUGAGCGCUUCGAGGCUGAAGGCGACCAAGACGUGAACAGGUUUGGUGCACAUGUUUUGAAACAGAUCCAAGACGAGAAGGAGGCCGAAUGUCCCAUUUGCUCAGAAGAACCCAUGAUUGAACAAGCCGUUACCGGCUGUUGGCACUCGGCCUGCAAAGAAUGUCUGCUCAACUACAUUGCCCACCAACGCGAUAAGAACGAAAUACCGCGCUGCUUUAACUGCCGCGAGCCCAUCAACGCGCGCGACGUCUUUGAAGUAGUCCGACAUGAUCAUGUCGCCGAAGAUGAGUCCGACCACGCUUUCCGCCCUACCGACGCACUGCAAUCAACUUCCACACAAGCACCUCGCAUCAGCCUCUGUCGCAUUGGCCUCACCGGCUCCGCCAAAACCCAAGCGCUACUGGGCCAUCUCAAGAAAAUGCGCAAAGAAGAAAAGAACGCCAAAACCGUCGUCUUUUCGCAAUUCACAUCCUUCCUCGACCUCAUUGAGCCUGCUUUGACACGCGACCACAUACCUUUUCUCCGCUUCGAUGGCUCCAUCAGCCAAAAAGCACGUGCACAGAUCUUGGCAGAAUUUAACAGCUCACCGAAGCCAUACGUCCUGCUGCUGAGUCUGCGGGCGGGCGGUGUAGGCCUGAAUCUGACUUGUGCGAACAAGGUGUUUAUGAUGGACCCAUGGUGGAGUUUUGCAGUCGAGGCCCAGGCUAUUGAUCGUGUGCAUCGCAUGGGGCAGGAGAGGGAGGUCAAAGUAGUGCGGUUUUGCGUCGAGGGCAGCAUUGAGGAGAAGAUGUUGAGGAUCCAAGAGAGAAAGAAGUUUAUUGCGAGUUCGCUGGGUAUGAUGUCGGAUGAAGAAAAGCGCAUCCAGCGUAUAGAGGAUAUCAAGGAAUUAUUGAGUUGA